UUUCGAUUAGUUUUUUUUUUUUUUUUUUAUCACGGUGGGUUUCCUGGCGAUUUAUGAUCUUUUUUGCUUGCCAUACUGUUAUGGCCCUUCACACCUGUCCGCGCGUGUAAUAGGACCGGGGCUGGAGGCGGCAUUUGUCGUGGACGUUUCACCGGGGAGUUUUCACGCGAGUUUAUACGCUUACAGGGCAUGACAACAGCAAGAGAAACUUCAUGAGGAAUCAAAAGAGGAAUGAAGCAGAAGAUAUCAUGUCAGACAUGAGGAGGCGUAAGAGCAAAAGUCGAAGAAGUCCAUGAUCCUCGGCCGGUACGUUCGUACGUUUCAGUUGGACCAUGUAUGAGCCUCGGUAUUACGACAGCCCCCCUUUGUACAGCCCGCCUUACAGCGCCACGUCCCACAGUUUCUAUCCUCCAAGAAGUGUCCAUUCUCUCCAGAGUCAGCACGCCCCUUACCGCUAUGAUCUCCCUCCUAACUCGUACUGCGCAGAGGGGAGGCCUCAACACUUCUACCACUACUUCUCGCCUCCUGGUUUUGUCAAAAUUUUCCAAGGAGCCACGGCGCUCAUGUGUUUCAUAAUCUUCGCCUGUGUGGCUUCGACCUUGGUGUGGGACACAAAUGGGUUUGGGUAUGGGGGCUUCGGGGUUGGGAGCACAUCAGGCUCUGUUACAGGAGUGGGUUCAGGUUAUUAUGGAGGCAGCUACGGCUACGGCGGAUCCUACAUGACACCACUGUCGGCUAAGUCGGCCAUGAUCUCGGUGGCUGCCAUCAACUUCCUGGUUUCAUUGGGGUUCCUGGUGGGGAGUUUCUCGCGAUCCCGGAUCAUGCGAGGAUGCAGGUUUUACCUCAUCAUCUUUAUUUGUGAUAUCAUCCUGGCUGUCCUUCAGGGCAUCAUUGAUAUCAUAUUUGUGAUCGGCGUGAACCCGAUGUCCCAGAGCUCCCAGAGCAUGCUGUACAACCCCAUGCUGAUGAUGUGUCAGAACAUCCAGGGCAGCCCCAGCCUCAGCGGGAGCGUGGGGGCCGGUUUUCCAGGAGGGUUCCCCAUGUACAAUCAAUUUCUGCACCACUACUGCUAUAUGGACCCUGAAGAGGCGGUGGCAUUUGCGUUAGGUCUGAUGGUGGUUUUGGCCUUGUCCUUCUCCGCCUACUACGCCUACAAGACCCGAAGCAAGAUUUGGCGCCAUGGAAAAUGCAACAUUGUCUGGGACGAGCCGGGAGUCAGGCCAGCUGAUGGUCAAAACGUCUGGAUGAACCACGUUGGUGAGGUGCACAGCACCCAGCGGGCACCCACUGUAGUUAUAUCAGAGAGAGCAGCAUCUGGUCUGAAGGCAGAGGACAGUGGGUUUUCCUCUGGAAAAGGAACCCUUGGUGUCCACAAUGAGGAAUGUUCUAAAAGCAACAGUGUCUUUGCAGACAUCAAAACGAGCUCUGGUGCGGAAAGUCAGCAUCACAGCAGCAAGGCUGCGAUUCGUUCCAGCAGCUCCGAGGAGGAGGACAACUUCAGGAAGCCUCCUCCGUAUCAUGGAAACAGAAAAAAGAGGAAGGAUGGAGAAUCCAUGUUUGCACCCCAAGUUAUGGUCGAGUCCGAGUACGAAACAGGAGAGACUGACAAUGAGCUCGACCGAGACCACACUCAUGACCUUUACCGGCUGUACCCAGCAAUAACUUCAGAUGAGCAGCGCCGCAAGUACAAGGAGGAGUUUGACUCAGACUUAGCCCACUACAAGAGACUCUGCUCCACACUGGAUGACAUCGGGGACCGCAUGCACAAGCUGAGUCGAGAGCUGGACCUUUUGGAUGAGGAAUCACUAAAGUAUCAGAGUGUAGCAGAUGAGUAUAAUCGACUAAAGGAAUUAAAAAAGUCUGCAGAUUAUCAAGCAAAGAAGAAACAAAGCAAAGACCUUCAGAAGAAGCUUUCCCACAUCAAGAGUCUGGUGAAACUGUAUGACCAGGGAUUUUGCUAGUUUAUAGUAUUCACACUGCUAACUCACUCUAGCAUACUCAUACUGUUUGCUUACAAUACUCAUACUGUCAGUUUACAGUAAUCCUAUUAACUUACAGUUGCUUGUGAUUCUACUGUCAGUUUAAAGUACUUAUACUCCUACAAUAAUCAUACUGCUCACUUAAAGUACUCCUACUAAUAGUUUGUAGUACUCAUACUGCUAGGCUACAGUACUCAUUGUUAAUUAACAAUAAUCAUACUGCCAGCUUACAGUACGCAUUUUGUUAAUGUAAAUAUUUGUACUCCCAGCUUACAGUACACAUACUACUAUUUUACAAUAUUACUCCUACAGUCUCAUACUGCUCAUUCACGGUAUUCAUACUGCUCGCUUAAGGUUCUCGUAAUAAUAGUUUAAAGUACUCAUACUGUUAGCUUGUGGUACUCAUACUGCUAGUUUACAGUACUGCGUACUAUUGUAUUACAGUACUUGUGCUGUUUGAGACAUUUGCAGUGCCCAGCUGUCUGCGUCUUGUGUUCCUCCAGCCUUUUACUUUCAAAUCCAACUCCUGAAUGUGGUUUUGUGUCAAAUCUUACCUGAAACAACAAAAGUUUGGCUCCUGAGAAACGUAGAAACGCAGCAUCAAGAGGAAGAACAUUUAAUACCGACUGACACAAUGUCAGGCAAGUUACUAUUUACUUCUGUGAGUAGCAAAUAGAUUACUUGUCUGUGUUUGACAGAGUAAAAAAAAAGUAAAUGAGUUAUAGUAAAGGUACUUAUAAGCAGAAAACGUUUCUAUUUCAUGACUUUAACCUCUUAACCACAUACAGCAAAUACUGAAAUAAAUGUGACUUUUUUUUUGUUACAACUCA